GUGGUUGAAUUUUCUAUGGAGUCUUCAGUUGGAGGAAUAGCCGGAGCAAUGAACAUACGAGUAUCUGUAGCAUUGGUUUUGUUGAUGCUUCUGUAUGCCAUUACAGCUUGGGGACAAAAUAACGGGCCGAGAAAUAUGGGAUCUGGAAGGAGAGGAGAUGUUCUGAACACGGGCGAUGUCGAUGAACAGAUAGCAUUCAAUAUUGACAACACUGGUGGCGGCAAUGUUGGAGGUGGCAACGUCGGUGGAGGUGGACAUGGUGGAGGUGACGCUGGUGGUGUUGAUGGAGGAGGUUUAAAAGCACCGCAAGAUUGCGAUACAAUCAUGAAAGUAUGUCAAUGUGGUGGAGGAGGUACUAAGGGAGGAGGCAGCAUGGGAGGCGGUAAAAGCGGAAAUAGACCUUUUACUAGGCAGAAUGGUGAUGAAGACAACAAUCCUCCAGAUUAUGUCGUAAACAACUAUCAGACAUAUUCGCCGUUAUACUGAUCUUAACCUACUUUACUGUUAACCAACCAGCAAACUUUGCCUAAUUUACCUACAAUGAAAAGCUAUGUGUAUUUUAAUAAAUAGCUCUAUUUUAAUUCAUGUAUGUUUGUGAGUCAUGAUCAAUUAUACAAAUAAAGGAAAUUUGGAUCUAUAA